CACCGGCGCCGCGGCCCCAGGCCCGCUCCAAGGCACCACACGUCCCAAGCGGGCGGCGAUUCCCUGGGACAGGACCGGGUGGGGAGGAGGACUUGAGGUGGCCGCGAAGGCCAGUGGCGAUCUCCGAGGCCCCACGACCUGGGCCUCGUCCCCGCACCCACAUGGCCUCCGGAGGGGGCGCGGCCUUGGAGGAGCUGCCGCACGACGGCACGUGUGACCAGUGCGAGCCCGACGAGGCUCCCGGGGCCGAGGAAGUGUGCCGAGAAUGCGGCUUCUGCUACUGCCGCCGCCACGCAGAGGGGCAUAGGCAGAAGUUCCCCGGGCACCACCUGGCCGAGUACAUCCACGGCGCCGCCCAGGCCUGGACCUGCCCAGUCCAGGAGGAAGGCGAGGGAAAGGAAGGCGUGGAGGCCGAGGCGGGGAAUGAGAGAGACGUAGAGAGCGAGGUGGGGGAGCAGAGCGAGUCCGAGGAGCACAGUGAGUCCGACGAAGAGAGCGAGACGGAGGAAGAGAGUGAGGAGGAGAGCGAUGAAGAGAGCGAAGAAGACAGUGAGGAAGAAAUGGAGGAUGAGCAAGAGAGCGAGGCGGAGGAAGACAACCAUGAAGAUGGAGAAUCUGAGGCCGAGGGAGAAACUGAGGCAGAAAGUGAAUUUGACCCAGAAAUAGAAAUGGAAGCGGAGAGAGUGGCCAAGAGGAAGUGUCCGGACCACGGGCUCGAUCUGAGCACCUAUUGCCAGGAAGAUAAGCAGCUCAUCUGUGUCCUGUGCCCAGUCAUUGGGGCUCACCAGGGCCACCAACUCUCCACCUUAGACGAAGCCUUCGAGGAGCUAAGAAGCAAAGACUCAGGAGGAUUAAAGGCGGCUAUGAUAGAGUUGGUGGAAAGGUUAAAGUUCAAGAGCUCAGACCCUAAAGGAUUGGUCCUAGGACCUCCAUGGAUACCAAAAUUGAAGGAUGCUCAAGUAACUCGGGACCAGAUGAAGGUUUUUAUACAGCAGGAAUUUAAGAAAGUUCAGAAAGUGAUUGCUGAUGAGGAGCAGAAAGCCCUUCAUCUAGUGGACAUCCAGGAAGCAAUGGCCACAGCUCAUGUGACUGAGAUACUUGCAGACAUCCAGUCCCACAUGGACAGGUUGAUGACUCAGAUGGCCCAAGCCAAGGAACAACAUGAUACCUCUAAUGAAGCAGCUGAGCCAAAGGCAGAGGGUGACGAGGAAGGACCCAGCGGUGCCAGUGAAGAAGAGGACACAUGAAGGCUUGCCAUCCCCAGUGGAAAAUCAUUCCUUCCCCUUGUGUGUAUGUGACAGCGUGUACGUAACAGCUUCUGAUUUCUGUGAAAGCUGCCCAGCAACAAAUGUCCUCCCAUCGGAUACGUCCCCAGAUCCACAGCAGGCGCAUGUCUCUCCAAGGGAUGACCAGUUUUAUGCUUGCUGACUGUGUGCUUCUCAUCCUUUUGUUGUGGUAGGUCAAGGAAAAGCACCCCUUUGAUCCACUGAGAGCAAUUAAGAAGGGUCCUUGAGGUAAUCCCUCAUUGGCUGCUUUGAACUUACUCAGGAAAGCCAGCCCCUGUAAUGUCAGAUACCCAAACAGUAUCUCCUCAUUAGGAAGGAUCUGGAAUAAUCUUGAAGGGCAGUCAGAAUAUUCUUCCCUACCUGCUAAUAAAACCCCACUUUAUUCAUAUUGAAGCAUGAAACAAAGAAGGGCAAAGUAGGGCUGAACACACAUAUGUGUCUCUAAAAGUCCCCGUGUACAUUUGCGAAAAUGUGAUUUCAUGAAAUAAGAUGGAUGGCCUGAAAACAGAGCUGGAGAAAGAGUUAAAAUUUAGGAACAUAUAGAGAUAUUUUUAGUACGUCAGGUUUUCCAAGACUUCAGAUUCAUAAUUCAGUACUGUAGAAAUGAAAAAAAAAAAUGAGGAGGUAGAAAGGCAAUGACCUUAAAAAAAAGAAAGGACCAAAGAGAUCUGAUCAAAAGUUGAAAUCAGUGUUUCUGAACUCAAAUUGCCUGAGUUUCCAAAAUGGUCACUGAAGGAUCUGAUGAAACCUGAAUUAUUUGGGUGAAUUCUUCAGGUUUUAUGAAUCUUGCCACGUGAAAGGCUGGAACAUAUAUUACCAAGUGGGAAUUUUCAAUAUAGGUUUUGGCUCCUCCUCCCCUUGCUUAGCUUCACUUGGCUUACCUGCGGUAUGGGGAGGCUCCUCGGCACUUGCGAUGUGCUGAGCGGGCCCGAGCUUCGUCUCUCAGCGACGUCCCUGCCAGACUCCAGCUAGAUCCCCUUCCCACGGCACUCUGAACUAGCAAGUCUUCAGGCCCUCUCCCCUCCCGGCUCUGUCCCCUGUAGUAACAUGAGCAGAGACACAUCAUGGCUGGACUUCGGGCCUCUCCCCACCCCCAAAUCACGUUUCCUUACAACCGGGUUUUUCUGCUCACAUGAGCAGUGAUGCCCUGGGAAAUACCAAACUGCAAGCUAAAACCCCUGCAUCUUCUGAAACAUCAGUUUUACUGAACAAAUAGUUUGUAGUCAGGGGAUGACCUUAUUUUUAGAUAAAACAAACAGUUAUAUUAGGAAACAGAUUGCACAUACACAUCAACGCAGCUAAGAUAAAAUGGGAGACCUCACAGGUAAUUCUUAUCUGCAAGUGGGGGCAUGCCCUCCCUCUGCUCUGGCUUUAGUGGUAUUGGGUGUUCACUUCGGAGAAGUACAAUUGGAUCUGUAUCCUAACGGCCUUGGGGUUGCUGCUGACUCAGGGCCUGGCCUCCUCCUGUCUCUGAGGCAGAACCAGAGGAGCCUGCUCCAGAGGAGAUCCUUCUCGUCCUGCCCGCCUGCCUGCCUACGACCCCUGUACCUAGCACAGAGCUUUAGGGCCAGCUGAUUUGUGUGUGUGCAGUAUGGUUUUGAGGCAGAAAUGAUACUUACUGUAGGAAUCCUAUUUAUAUAAUUGUUCAGUUCUGUGCAUGCUGUUAAAUGAUCAUUCCUUUGAUGCCAGGAAGCUACCCGGGAUAUAUAUUUCUGGGUUAGGACCAUCCUAGCUCACCAUAUACGUCAGGGCUUAUUUAUAAAUUUGAGAGGAGUUUGGGCUGUUAAGGAAAGAAGGUGUUUUUCUCUCAAACUGGUAGCCAGCCAGUGGCCAAGACAAUUCCGGUGCUUUACCUACCUGCCUGCAAAGGCUGGACAACCCGGCGUCCCACGAAUUACAGCUCCCAGCCCUGCCCAACAAAGCUGCCCUUAAGGAAGACCUAAUGGCCACUCUGAAAAUAAGAUGUUAAACACCAGAAGAUUUAGAAGACUUUAGGAUUUGGAAGCUUGUGUUAUCUUUCCCAAAUAAUUAUUUUUAAUCCCUAAAUAGUAGCCUUGUCUUAGCAAUGGAAAGCUCAUUGGCCUCUCCACACUUGAUCACAUGUUAUUACUUUAAAUCCGUAUUUGGGAAAUGCAAGCAUUUAUGCAGUGGAUGUGAACGGAAAUAUUAAAAAUACACACCUACCUGUCUCAAUAAAUCAUAUCCCUGUAGCCCUCAAGGAAAGCACUUUUGCUUUUACCGAGAAAGGAUUUCAGACUUGCUGUAUGGGUUCCCGCCGUCUCCAGCACCUGAUAAAACUUUAACCAGGUGAGCGUUAAACACAGCGCAGCGCCCCGCCCAGCUCCUGAGUUCUUGCCGGCAGCUCGUCUGUGUGAGGACUGGGAUGCUUCCCGUAGCGGCAGCAGCGUCCCCUAGACCAGCGCUGCCACUCAGCCUUACACCCCGGCAUGAUGAGGCUCCCCCCCUGCCAGGUCAGCACAGGCUGUGCUCAGAGGUGCGUCCUGACUGGCUGCAGGCAGUUGCAGAAGUCCCUGGGGACACGCCAUCAGGGGAGGCAGGUAACGAGUGCCCUUGGAAUGAGUUGGAUCUGAACACCAGUCCCUGGCUGCCUUCCACACACUGGGUGUCUGGAGGCCGAGAAGGUCUUGGGGUUGUUUUUUUUAUUAUUUGUUUUUUGAUAUCAUUACAUUCAGGGUAAUUCCAAGAAAUGCUUGGCGUCUCAGCUCUGACAACCAAGAAGGGAAAUAGCCUUUAUUGAGGACUAACUGUGAACCAGGCCCUGUACCAGGCCUGCAUUCUCAGAUGAUAAAACUGAUUUGGGAUUGGAAGAGUCACUUACCUUGACUUACACAGCUAGGAAAUACUGGAGCUGGAUUUUGAACCCUGUUCUCCCUAACUCAUUGGCCCAUGGUGCGUCUAAAUACAGAGGGAGAAAAAGAGGUCCGGUUCCCCCUACAGUCCAGCUGUCCCACUUUAUGAAUCUUGUUCCAAAAUGACAUUUCAUGGGUGUAGACUGGGUUCAAAAAUGGCAGCAAAGUAGCCCUAUGCUUCCACUUUAGCAGAUGCAUUACAUACACAUGGCUGAUUUCAGACGUCCCCCAGGAGUUAGGGGAGCCUUUCCUUUUUGGUGCCACCCCCCAUAAAUAAAGCAUUUCUGGGCCUUCAGGAGUACAGAACUUUUCAGCAAUAGUCAAGGAGAAGGGUGUCAGCUCUCCAGCCUUACUGGAAAAUGCCCGCCGUUGUACUCUUGCAGGAAAGGGUCUUUACAUCUUAGCAAACUUAGCCAGUUCUGAGGCAAUUUAGAGUUCAGUGAAUCUAAACUUUCUUGCUGAUACCUGAUAUGUGUGUGUACAUAAAUGAGACACAUACACACCACACACACUCUAACACACAGUUUAAGAACUAAAGGAAAAUCAAAGCAGCCCCUCAUUAUUUUUCAUACCACUGCAAAGGUUGCUACCAGCCCUGAUUACAAGCGUCACCAGAUAAUCGGAGCUUAGAGGCUUACAAGAUGCUAACGAGAAGAGCAACUCCUUGGCAAAAGCUGUCAGAUCCUAAAGCACUGAGCCAAGGGUGAGGGCGCCAAAGGAAAUGCUCAGCAGCCCUCCUCCAGGUCGUCUAACAAAAUGGGAAAGUGGGGCGCCCAGCCGCCCUGGUGCCCUGAGCCUGACCCGCCAGGCUGGCCUGAGACACCGCUGCAGAAGUCGCAGCCUGUGGUCAUGGCAGGGCCUAGGAGCCCCCUUCCCACCUAGAAAUACUCUGCCAAUACCUGAAAUUUCACACACACAUAAUGGCUGUUCAGUACUGGCUUUCUGAUAAGAAAAUCAGUUGCAUGUCUCCCGUGUGCCUAGCUCAUCUGGAAUUUUCUGUUUAAAAGACAAACCUCAUUACGGAUGGAUUCCGCCCAGCCCUAAGAGAAAAAGGCGGCCCACAGGGGAGACUGCUCGUCUCAUUGCCUUUACCGGGCAUGUUUGUGAGCCCCCACUUCAGCCUAUUCCAAGCACUACGAGCCCCAGGCAGCUCCUGCCCCUCUGGGGGCCUGCGCGGCAAAACAGUGUAUCAUUUGGCACAGAGAACACACCAGAAACAGGCAUCAGAGCAAGAAAAUGGAAAUAAAUUAAGACAGUUGUAAGUAUACUGGUGCAAAAAAAAAAAAAAAAGCCACAGAGCCCAUGCCAGGCUUGAUACGACCUUGAGGGGACAAUAGAUUUAUACUUAAUGGGAAUGAAACCUGAUUAGUCUUUCCGCAGGGACAGGCCACCCCGCGGGGGCGGGGAGGGCCAGUGCGCCCAUGUCCUCGGCCUGUUCUCCUGUGCGGUCGGAGUCCCUCCUUAGUCACCUUCCCCUUUUGCCCUUUACAUUAAACAAGGGAACACUCCGUCUUUCAAGGGAACUACACAUUUGAGUUAAUGUUUCAGUAUAUCAUCUUCAUACUGUAAAUUAUUUUGUAAGAGAGAUUUACCGCUAUCCCAGGAUGUUUGGACUCAGCGCCCCUGUGCAUUUGGAAAUCAAUAAACUAUUACUGGAAAUACCAUUUGUCUCUCAGAGUUGGGCACAAUGGACCCUGCUAGGUGUAAAUAUUAAUGAUAGUCUGCAUUCUUAGCUGUGGUAAUGCUGGGGGUGAUGGUGUUUUGGUUAUUAGAUGGGGGAGACUCAUUUACUCCUGAUCUCUCUGGAGUGGCUUAGGAGAUCUCUGGGAAGUGGCAAAAGGACAGACGAAGUCAUUAUUAUUUAGAAAUAUGUUGAUAUGUUUUCUUCUCAAUGUAAAAUGAUCCAUGCCUCGGUUAAAUAUUCUGAGGAAAGUAGAUUAUAACCUAAAGAAUACUUGGUCCUGAAGGACAUUUUUAAAUAACAAAGCCUUACAAUUUGGAUUACCAGGGGUUAAGUCAAACUUUAAUUUUUACUGUAUUUUCUAGGGGGAGAAAACCUUCAUACAGUAAAUUAUAGUUAGGCCAGCAAAGUCACUUUUGUAGAAACUUAGAAAUGCACAUUGAUGCCAUUGCUGAAGAAAUAGGAUUAAGUUGUAAGUGAAGCAAUUCCAGUCCAAUUUGUAAUAUUAGGACCAGAGGUUGCAUUGAAACCAAGUCAUAUACUCAGAGGCGAAGUGAAAACCCAAGACAGUAGAUAGUGUGAAUCAGAAAUUACAAGUCUUGCCUAAAGGCAUUAAAGUUCAGUUUUUUUAAAUCCAACCUAAAACCCAUCAGCAGGUGUGCCUGGCGGAGCUGCAAUCUAUGAACCCUGCUCUAAAUUUCCUUUUAACAAAUUUGUGUCUAUCAGACUCAAUUAGUUAGCUGGGGACAGUGUGAACUUCGGGAAAAUUAUCCGAGAGAGGGAGAUGGGUCAGCCACUCAAGGUCACCCAAUGAGCCGCGCUAAUAAAACCAGGACAGCAGACUCUCUGUCUCCUAUAGCAAUCACGAGGCCCUACCUCCUCUUCCCUGGCUACUGAGGACACUUCUGCCUGGCGGGGUGGAAUUGCCAAGCACUGGAGCACUUGGGAGUCUCAGAGUUUUAAUAAGCCACAAUGUCUUUGGGGGGUUUUCUUCCCUACUUCCUGGUGCAGGAUCUCACCGCCACGUCCCAUUGCCCCAGCCCUUGCUUCUUUUACUGCCUUCCCCUCUGAAAGCUACAACUCUUUGUUUCAUUGAUCUUUGCUUGGUCCAGCUUACAGGUGGCCCCAUUUCCUUUACACUCAUUAAAGGGUGAAAUUGCAGCUUGUCUGGAACAUCUCCUGGCCUUAACAAGGCACCAGAGGCAGAUAAUACCCAGCAGAAAGUCAGGCUGCCAGUCUUAAUACGGGAAGAAGAUGUCACAGAAAAGAAAAAAAAACCUAAAGGCUGCUUCAAGUUAAUAACUGGCUUACUGAGUAUCUGUACUUAUUAAAGUCUCCAGGUUAAAGUCAUUUAUUUUGUUAAUAGUAAUAGCUACCAUUUCAGUGAGCUUUUUCUUUAGGCCAGGUACCAUUCUAGUUGCUUUCACAUUAUCUUAUUUAAUUCUCACAGCACUAAUAUUAUCAUCCCUUACUUUAUUGCUCAGGAAUCAGACUCAGAGAGUUAAAUACUAUACUGUGUCCAAGGUCACGCCCUAAUAAAUGGGAAGCCAGGAUUUAAACCCAGGUCUAGCAGACUUCCCACCCCUGCCAUUAAUCCCUCCUAGCGGCACCUUGUACCGGUGAUACCAUCACCGCCCCAUCUCCAUACACAGGUGUAGCAUGGCCUUGUGGGAAAGGAAUUUGCCCUUUCUUAGGCUUUGCUUUGGGCAGUCUGCAAAGUACAGUGUCUUGUGAGGGAAGGAGGGCCAAGGGUAACAGUGAAGUCCUCUUCUGACCUGAGACUGCACUUUUAGAAGGAGAAACUAUUACACUUGCUUUAUCUUCUUUAUUCCAAGGUCAUUAAUAAUGAAACCACCAGGAAAGGCAAAGCCAUGGUUUCUCUUGCCAUAGACUUGGAAUCCCAAAAGUCAGCCAGCUCUGACACUCCGUCUAUAAUUUAACAUCUUGAAGUUGUCUUCAGCAGCUUGGUAGUGGGCCAGCUUUGUAUUAUUGGAAAGGGGCCGAACAAGGAGCUUGUCUGUUUUAUAGUCAUUUGCUGAGCUCAGCCACCAUGGCCACAGUGUACCAUGUAUCUGACAAAAAUGGCCCACAACCUUCAUUUUUACCUUGGGCUCAGCCACCUGUCAGUUUCACCUUAUCCCUGUUUCCAGAACAUGAAAUCCAAACACAUGGCUUGACAAUGAGUAAUUGAGACAGAACUAGGAAAAUCUAGAACCGCUGCUGGACCCAUUCAAAAAUGACAGAACUAGGAACUAAGCAAACAAGGUUUCUGACAGUUGGAAUAAAUGUUUGGAAGCAAACAGAAGAGAAAGGUCAUACAUCUACACGUAAAGCACCCACUUAGAACCUAUUUAUUCCUACUUCACACAUAAUUCUAGAUGUUUGAUAUCUGGUUUCCAAGCCCACAGCCGAUUACAUUUAAGGGUGAGAAACAGACUUCCAGAGGAAACUUAGGUCAAGAAGGAAAAAGAGCUGUAAUAGAGAAGACAAAAAAAAUUUAAGCAGACUGCAGAGCUCAAAAAGCAGUGUUUGGGGUGGGCAUGAAGUGCCAAAACAGCUCUGUACCCAUCUCGGUUCCUCAAAGCAUCCUUGUAUCAUUGGACAGCAUAAUUAUAUUCAAAAUGA